GUUUCCAUGAUUGUUUUUCCUCUCACGAGAUUUGCCAAAGUGUGUCCACUUCCUGGCACUAGCCGCUCGCAGCCAUGAUGCAGGAAGGGCUGGACGACGGACCCGACUUCCUCUCCGAGGAGGACCGGGGACCGCGAGCGGUCAAUGUGGAUCUGGAGAUGGACGCUACACUACAGGUGGACAUCUCUGACGCUCUGAGUGAGAGGGACAAGGUGAAGUUCACUGUCCACACCAAGAGUACGCUCCCCAACUUUAAACAGAAUGAGUUCUCUGUGGUCCGACAACAUGAAGAGUUCAUCUGGCUGCAUGACUCGUUCGUCGAAAACGAAGAGUACGCAGGAUACAUCAUCCCCCCAGCCCCUCCCAGACCUGACUUUGAUGCAUCCAGAGAGAAGCUGCAGAAACUGGGGGAAGGAGAAGGGUCCAUGACCAAGGAGGAGUUUACCAAGAUGAAACAGGAGCUGGAGGCAGAGUACCUGGCCAUCUUUAAGAAGACUGUUGCCAUGCAUGAGGUCUUCCUUUGCCGUGUGGCUGCUCACCCCAUCCUCAGGAAGGACCUGAACUUCCACGUCUUCUUGGAAUACAACCAGGAUCUGAGUGUCCGGGGAAAGAACAAGAAGGAGAAACUGGAGGAUUUCUUUAAGAAUGUUGUGAAGUCGGCUGAUGGUGUUCUAGUGGCUGGAGUCAAGGAUGUGGAUGAUUUCUUUGAGCAUGAAAAGACAUUUCUAUUAGAAUAUCACAACAGAGUCAAAGACGCGUCGGCCAAAUGUGACAGAAUGAUCCGCUCGCAUAAAAAUGCUGCUGACGACAUGAACAGAAUCGCCUCAUCUCUGUACACAUUAGGAACACAGGACUCCACAGACCUCUGCAAGUUUUUCCUGAAGGUAUCGGAACUGUUUGAGAAAACUAGAAAAAUUGAAGCUCGAGUUGCCGCAGAUGAAGACCUGAAGCUGGCUGACCUGCUUAAAUACUACCUGAGGGAGUCACAGGCUGCAAAGGACCUUUUGUACCGCAGGAGCCGGGCUCUGGUGGACUAUGAGAACGCUAACAAAGCUCUGGAUAAAGCAAGAGCCAAAAACAGAGAUGUGUUGCAGGCCGAGACAAACCAGCAGCUUUGCUGCCACAAGUUUGAGAAGAUCUCUGAGUCUGCCAAGCAAGAGCUCAUAGAUUUCAAGACGAGAAGAGUGGCAGCAUUCAGGAAGAACCUGGUGGAGCUGGCAGAGCUGGAGCUCAAACAUGCCAAGGGAAACCUCCAGCUACUGCAAAGCUGUGUUGGUGUCCUGAAAGGUAACACUUAACCGUCCGAUCGCGCCUGCAGCCAGCUGGACACUAUAAGGAUGGAGCCUGUAAUAAUGGACAAACAACACUGAGAACUGCGGACCAGAGAGACAGCAGGGGGUCAAAAAUGACACGAAGUCUGUUUUCUUCAUCCGUUACCAAACACAGUCUUCACCAACCUCCUCAAUCUUCCUCUCUCUCUAAAGCCACCCACGCUUGUCCUUCUGCUUCAUCAUCAGAACUUCAACACCGGCACUGGUCCUGUUGGCCAAAUGCAAGCCCUGCAACACUUUUGCUGUGCUUUUGUUCUAGUCUAGCAGAAUCAUAAGUCAGUUUUGAGCUUCUAUUUUUUCUUUUCUUCCCUUCAACAUCCAUCAUUCGAAGGUCUUUAUUAUUAUUAUUAUUACCCAGAAAAAAAAUCUAGUUCAUCUGGGCUCUGCAGUCUGGCUCUAGUACCGCUCUGUCAACUCUACCGGGACAUUAAUUAGUAGUUGUGCUGAGUUUUAGCACUGUUCUAAAAACUCUUUUAAAUAGUCUAAAUGAAAUACAUUCACCAUAUAAUCUGAAGAUAAAUGCAAUGGCUAUGUGCUAAUGUGUUAGAUAAUUAAUCCACACUUGCUAUAAAGCAACCUGAAGCAGUAUAUUAACAUUUAUAACCAUCUCUCAGAAGUCGAUGCUGAAAGCAGCAUCUUGGUCUGAACUAACUGCUUCCUGUUUGUCUGGUAACCAUCAACUUACUCAGUAACCCAACAGUCUCCAGGGGCUAAAGACGACGCGACAAGGUAUUUUGUACUUAAAGAAAUCACCACCAAACUCCAUAAAAAAAAAAAAAAAAACAUAUCAAGAAAUAUAGCAAACAUCAUCUUAACCCUUUCUAGCUUCUCACACAUACCCACUACACCUCUGACAGAUUGUUCUCCUUACUGACGAGACAAAUUGCAGUGGAAAUAAAUAUGUUACAUAAUUGACCGUGGCUGAGGCAGGUUGUCCAGUUGCUCACUGAUUGGUAACCAAAUCAGCAAACAGACAAAACCACUUUAAAGCCGGAAGUUUUUUUUUUUUUUUUUUUUUUUUUACAGACAAGAGGUAUGCUUGUUGCCCGUCCACAUCUUCCUCCUCUGUUGUCAUUAUGGUGAUGCUUGUACGUCUGAGAGCCGUUUAAAUGUGUUACUGCUGGUGUGUGCAGAUGGAAGCCAGCUCUUGGUUCCUGUUCUAGUUUAAAUGUCAUUUAAAAAGAAAACAAUCAAUAAAAAAAAAAAAGACGUGUACAUGUUUGUAUUAACUAAUGAAUGCUAAUCGUCUGUUGCUUCGGUUUUCUCUGAGAUGCUUUUGUUUUCCAUUCCAGUCGAUGGUGGAGCUGCAGUCUUUUUGCCUUAAUGUCAGUCCUUCAGUUUGACUUUGUUUUUCAAAAAGAGAGAAAACUUCACUAUAAAUGUUUUCUUUUUGUAUUUUUUUUUUCAAUUUUACUGUAUAUGAAUGUUUUUUCACUCUUAUGUGACCAAAGCUUCCAUUACCAAUUAAAGAUGAACGAUUAAAAAUGGAGGUGUGAGGAGACAGAAAAAAAUUGAAAUGAAUGAUUUUGAAAUCCACAACAUUUUACUUGUUAAAUCUUCAGCAGGUCUGUAAUCCACCCUGGUCAUCCAGAUUCAAUAAAACUUUAUGGACACUUUUCUUACAA